UCCCUUGCUCCAUCAAUCACACUGCUACUUAUUCAUUAGUUUGCAUCUUCCAUCUCCUGAACUCCACAUCGUCCCAGUGCUAGCUCGACCAAUUGCAUCAUCUAUCGUUUGUUUUCCCUCAAUCUCUAAGCCGACAGAGAGGUGAGAGUUGAGGGGUAGGUCAGUCGACCGGAGGGGCUGUGGACCAUGUCUGGCGUGUGGGUGUUCAAGAACGGGGUGGUGCGCCUGGUGGAGAACCCGGGGAGCGAGCGGACGUCGACGGUGCGGCGGAAGGCGCUGCUGCACACGCCGAGCGGGCAGGUGGUGUCGUCUUACGCGACGCUGGAGGCGAAGCUGACGGCGCUGGGGUGGGAGCGCUACUACGAGGACCCGGCGCUGUACCAGUUCCACAAGCGCGGCUGCCUCGACCUCAUCUCCCUCCCCAGGGACUUCAACCACUUCUCCUCAGUCCACAUGUACGACGUCGUCAUCAAGAACAGGGAGUCCUUCCGCGUCGUCGACGCCUAGACGCCCCUCUUCCGUCCAUGCAGUCUGUCGAUCUUGUCUCAUCUGUUCAGCUAUAGCUCUUCUUCUAUCGUUUGACUUGAUUUCGCAUGCAGGGUUUGUUGUUGUUAGUGAUCCGGGUGUUAUAUAUGAUUGGUUGUGCCUGAUUUGGUUGGGAAGUCUAGUGUGGUAGUGGAGUGAGCGAGGGUACUGUUUUUGCACACAUAUGUGCGUGUGGUGCCGAGUAUAUGCAUAGGUAUUCGUUGUGGUGUGUAUACGUAUGCGUGCUGGGGGUGUGUAAGAUCUCUGUUUUGAUGUAAAUUAGUGUCCGUGUGAUGACCAUAUAUCCACUUACGUUCAUUUGCACGUUUCUCUGCAUGCACAUGCGUCAUGCAUGUCACCGGCCAUGUUGCAUGCCUAGGGAAAUAUGUAAAGAAUAUUAUCAUGCACGCAUUGCUUCUCGUUAUGAUUGUUUG